AUGGGUGUUGUAGAGAAGAUCAAGGAGAUUGAGGAUGAGAUGGCGCGAACGCAAAAGAACAAGGCUACCGAAUACCAUCUUGGAUUGCUCAAAGCCAAAAUUGCGCGCUAUCGAGCGCAACUGCUUGAGCCAACGACGAAAUCUGGUGGUGCAGGUACUGGGUUCGACGUCCAGAAGUCUGGGGAUGCACGAGUGGCGUUGAUUGGCUUCCCUUCAGUGGGCAAGUCCACACUGUUGAGCAAAUGCACCCAUACAGUCUCCGAGACUGCAGCGUAUGAGUUCACAACGCUCACCGCCAUUCCUGGUGUCAUCGAGUAUCAGGGCGCGCGGAUACAGUUGCUCGAUCUUCCUGGAAUCGUCGAAGGUGCCAGUCAAGGUCGAGGUCGAGGCCGGCAAGUUGUCUCGACAGCAAAGACCGCUGAUUUGAUAGUGAUCAUGCUGGACGCUACAAAAUCAGAGGAACAGCGACGAUUGCUAGAAGUCGAGCUGGAUGCUGUUGGUAUUCGUCUAAACAGGCGGAAGCCAGACGUUGUUUUCAAGCGUAAAACAACAGGCGGGAUCACCAUCAACAACACAGUGAAACUGACAAAGACCGACGAGAGGACCAUCCGCACUAUUCUUGCGAGCUAUAAGCUCCACAAUUGCGAUGUCAUGAUCCGGGAAGACAUCACCACUGACGAAUUCAUCGACGUUCUCAUCGGCAACCGCAAAUACAUACCCUACGUAUACAACAAAAUCGAUGCCAUUAGCCUAGAGCAGAUGGACAAGCUUACACAUGAAGAUCAUACAGUGGUCAUCAGUUGCGAAAUGAAUCUCAACUUGGACUAUCUGAUCGAGCGUAUGUGGGAUGACCUCGGCCUCGUGAAGGUAUACACGAAGAAACGUGGCGCACCCCCCGAUCUAGCGGACCCUGUGUGCCUUCGCAAAGGCGCCACCGUAGAGGACGUUUGUAACGGCAUUCAUCGGUCGCUGGCCACAAACUUCCGAUAUGCUCUUGUCUGCGCUUGCAGGGGCAAAUCAUCGAAGUUCAACCCGCACGCACAGAAGGUCGGGCUGAAUCAUGCCAUGCAAGACGAAGACGUCGUGUCCAUCUUCACCAAAUGA